CCCAAGGAGAGUCUCAGCAAUGUAACUGUCACUGUGCACAGCAUGACCUGCCUGGGUUGUGUCUCAGGCAACAGUGGGAUGGGAGCCUGCCACGGCAAGCACAGCUUUGAGACCUUCUCCCACCGCCGCUCCUGCUUGGUCAAGGACCUGAAGAUGGAGAUUCUGAACUUCUAUCGGUACCCGCCAAGCAGCCAGAAGAAGGUGGAUUUCAUCAAGUUUGCUGUCUUUAAGCAGCUCAACAAGAGCCAAAUGGCACUGGUCAUCUUGGCCCUGCUGGGGAUUGUGGCAGCAGUGGUGAUAAAGGGGAAAACACUUCUAGCCAUCUAGGGUGUGCAAUGCCUACCUGAGGUGACAGCAAAGGCUUUCUGAGCUGUGGCCACACUCUGUCCCAAGGACCUGAGGGUCACCCCUGGCCGUCGCACCACCGGUACAAAGCAUUUGGGGCUGAUGGGGGCAACACUGCUGUGACCAGGAGUCCCAGGUCUGAGGAAGGCCUUGGCCAGAGUGCUGAGCACCACCCACCUGAUCUGUCAUCGAAUUCCCAUUUAUGUAUUGCUUUAGUGGUUGCAUUUACCUCCAAACUUGUAGCUGGAAGCUGACUUGCACUUGA